UUCCGGGUCUGGGACCACGUGAUACAAGUCCUUGCAGGAGAGCAGCAGUCAUGGGCAGGAGAGGCAGCGUGGUGCUGAUAUUCGGGGGCUUCAUGGCUGCCGUGGCGGCCGCUCUGUACCCCAUAUACUACCACCCGAUGGCGCACAUAGAGCAGUACAAGAAAGAACAAGUAGUAAACCGGGCAGGAGUCAUCCAGGACGACGUGCAGCCGCCAGGUUUGAAAGUAUGGAGCGACCCGUUCUCGAGGAAGUGAAACUGUGUGUGCUAGGGGGAAAAAAGCAUCGAAACGUGUCCAGGGCUGCAGCUGAGGAGGAGAUGUUUUUUGGCGAGGUUUUGUACAUAUGUAAUAAAAUGUAGACUUUUUAGACUCUGGAA